GAAUAACUAUGGCCUGGUCUUAAACGACAUCGGCCUCAAGCCCGUGUUCAGCAGCAUCCUUGAGCACGUGCUGCUGCCAUUCGGGGCUCGCAUCUUCGGCUCCGAGGAGGACAGGCUCGACGAGCUGAAGGGCGAGAAGCUCUGCACCGAGAACUGGGGAGGUUCUGUCCUGGACGAGCACCACACGUUUGUGGUACAGUAUGCGCCGAACAAUGACAAGCACUUGGACAUGCACAUCGACGAAUGCGACGUGACCUUCAACUUUGGGCUCUCUGCUGAAAACAUCACGGGCAGUGAGCUGGCGUUCUGUGGGCUGUUUUACGACGAUGACCACCGGAAGCACAGGUUCACCUACCAGCAUGUCAAGGGCCAGUGUGUUAUGCACUGCGGAAAGCACCGACAUGGGGCCCUGGACAUUGAAAGUGGUGAGCGUGCAUCUCUGAUAAUCUGGACAAAGAGCCUCGCUUUCCGCCGGACUGCAGAGUACAAGCAGAAGUACGAUGUGGCACGCUGGAACAACGGUCCUGCGGAUACCAUCUGCCUGAGCUACACACAUGACGAAGACUACGAAGAGCUUAUACCCGAGCACCUUAAGUUUCAGAUGAGGGGUUCGUCUGAGAGUGGAGCAGACGAUUCCCACAGUGAAGGGCCCGAGGAAAGCGAAGCCGAGUUUUCCUGGCUCCGUGUUUGUGCAGCCGAUGAGCUGCAAGAGGGGAAAGGCUGCGCCGUCAGCCCACUGCAUCUUAGAUGCACUCGGGAAGAACUCCUGAACCCAAAAGCCAUCAAGGAACGAACGGUUCUCACGGAAGUCUGCCCGAGGCAUCCAGAUGGACAUGAGAUUGAGAUCGCGCUGUUCCGCUCCAAAGGGGAAUUCUUUGCAUUGCAGAGCCUCGGAUCUGCAGUUGGGGAGGUACAGGACAUGGAGGACCAGCCUUUGUAG